AUGUAUGUUGAUGAUAUUGUUUUCAUUGGCAAUGAUACACAUGGAAUUGAUGAGUUGAAACAGUUCCUACAGCAACACUUUCAAACUAAAGAUCUAGGAACCUUGAAGUACUUUCUUGGAAUUGAGGUAGCUCAAUCGAAGUGGGAAAUCUCUCUGUCCCAAAGAAAGUAUGUUUUAGAUAUGUUGGAUGAAACUGGGUUGUUAGGAUCCAAGCCAGUUGAAACUCCCAUGGAUCCUAAUGUGAAGAUGACUGAUAGUCAGGGGGAGCCAUUAGAAGACCCUACAAGGUAUCAGAGACUAGUAGGAAGUUGA